CUUUAAAUGGACAACUUUCACUACACACGAUCUCGCGUAUUUUUUUUUCACGGUGGAUGCGUCCAGACAAAAAUCACCAGCAGUCAGUAGAUAUUUUGUUCGAUACUUCUUCAAAGUUUGUACUUUCGACGGAACCACAAUAUUGACGGAAUUAUUAAAUAUAACUAUAAUUUGGUUGAUGCGCCAAAUCUUUAUAAGUGUUGUGAAUUAUAAAAAAGAACAAAAGGAAAUAUUGAAAGGCGAUUUGAAUGAUUUCAACGUUAAAACAAGCUCCAGUUACUAGUGACAAAAAUGACAACAAAAGUUCUCUUCUGCCUCAUUAAAUAGUGACAAAAGCUCAAAUAAGAAAUAGACUUUCAAUAUGACAGAUGGAACAAAUAUGAUUGUCUGCAGGUUAUCCAUUGUGUCUGCAAUGAUAGCCGCAACCGUUACUUUAAUUUAUUUAGCACCUGUUCCAGACCAAAGCUUUAAAAACUGUGAUCGUCCUUGCCAUGAACUUGACUGGCCAAUGAUUUGUAGAUUUAAAUUUAUAAUAGAAAAGUUACCUACUUCUGUGAUAUGCGACAAUUGCCACAAUAGCCUUAACUGUACUUUCUGUUCUUCUUCCAAUGAUGUACCACAACAGAUUCUUACCAUUAACCGUCAAAUUCCAGGACCUCCUAUACAUGUCUGUCACAACGACAUUAUAAUAGUAGAUGUCGUCAACAAACAACAGGGACAAAGCCUAACAAUGCACUGGCGAGGACAAACUAACGUCGAAACACCAUUCAUGGAUGGAGUCCCUUUAGUAACCCAAUGUCCUAUAGGAGCGUACACAACGUUUCAGUAUAAAUUAAGAGCGUCUUCGCCAGGAACACAUUCGUACCAUGCAUUUUCUGAUUUGGAUAGAUCGAGCGGUUUGUACGGAGCUUUGAUUGUGAGAAAGGCUGAGAGAUUGGAGGAAAAUAUAAACAAUUUUGAUGUAGAUCACAAAGAUCAUGUACUGGUGUUAUCAGAAUCUAAAGGUACUAUAUUGAUAAAUGGAGUUGGACCAACUGGUGCUCCUCUUAGUGUUUUUUCUGUAAAAGAAAGUACCAAUAAUAGGUUUAGAGUAAUAUAUGCUAGUGGAACAAGUUGUUCCUUGACGUUAAACUUAGAAGAUCAUUUAGUAAAAGUAAUAGCUAUUGAUGGACAUUCAGUUAAGCAUACACAAGUAUCUUCAGUAAAACUAACAAAAGGAGAAACAUUAGAUUUUAUACUGACAGCCGAUCAACGCCCUAGCUCCUAUUUUAUUAAAGUAAGGUCAAGCUGUAAAUCAAAAAAUCUUAUUGGUAAAGCUAUCGUUGCCUACGAAGGUAGUUCUGUAGAACCAAAUGUGGAAAGUUUGGAUUUAACUAGUCAUCUAGUAAAAUUAGAUACUGGAGAUUGUAAAACCAAAAAUGGAAAGGUAUGUCUUGAAGAUAUUCAUAAUAUCGAAGAAAUUAAUCAGAAGCUAUUAAGUGUGGAUGCACGAAUUUAUCUUGGAUUUGAUAGUGUUAGCAUCAACAAGAAGAGUGACAAAUCUUUAGCUUCCUUGAGUUACUACAGGACCAAUAACAUUUCUUUUACUUUUCCUCCAUCUCCAAUGCUGACACAACCGAGUGAUGUGCCCUUGGAACUAAUGUGCAACGAAUCCUUUUUACCGGAGAGAUGCCGAGAGGGCGAUAGAUGCGAUUGUGUACAUUUAGAACAUAUUCCUCUGGGCAGCAGCACCGAAAUGAUUCUCGUAGAUCAAGGUGGAGAGGAAGAUGGUUAUGUUUUUCAUCUUCAUGGUUAUCAUGUGUAUGUAGUCGGUACAAAAAUAAUGGAAAAACCGAUUUCAAAAUUGGAACUUGAAGCAUUAGAUGCAAAUUUUGACUUCAUUAAACGGAACCUUAAAAAUCCAGUUCAAAAAAGUACUAUUAGGGUACCCAAAAAUGGAAUGGUUGCAAUUAGAUUUUUAGCUGACAAUCCAGGUUUCUGGAUUCUUCGAGACGAAAAUGCUCAAGAAUGGACUAGGGGAUUAGAUGUCCUAUUUCAAGUUGGAGACACGGGUGACCUUGUCGAAGCGCCAAGUGAAUUGCCAGUGUGUGGAAAUUUUAUAGGCCCCGAUUUCUUUUUAAUGUAGUAAUUAAUUUGGACUAGAUUUUUCUAAUGUGAUAACUACCUGUAACUAAGUAAUUAGAUUAUUAUCUAAUUAGAUAAAAUAAAU